AUGUCUUGUCCCGCUUGUUUUCAGGGCAGCAUCCACGAGGGACAGCCGCGGGGAAAAGACAUCAAGCUUCACGGGCUGGACGUCUACGUUACCGAGCCGGCCGAUGGCAGACAGGCCAAGGCCAUCAUCGUCAUUAUUCCCGACGCUUUUGGCUGGGAAUUCGUCAAUUCUCGGCUCCUUGCUGAUACGUACGCCGACAAAGGCGACUACAAGGUCUAUCUUCCGGACUUUAUGAACGGCCACCCCGCACCGAUCUGGAUGCUCGAGAGACUUGUUGCCGUCAACGAGACGGGAAACUAUCUGAUGAAGGCAUACCAUAUGGUCUGUGUCAUCUGCGGGUUCGUCCCCUUUAUGAUGCGCAAUAACAUCGGCAAAUCGUUCCCAGUCGUCAAAGGCUUCUUCGAGCAGCUUCGCAAGGAGGAGGGCGCCACUCUCCCCAUCGGAGCCGCCGGGUUCUGCUGGGGCGGCAAGCAUGCCAUCCUCCUGGCCCAGGGCGCCGAAAUCGAGGGCAAGCCGCUCAUUGACGCAGGGUUUACGGGUCAUCCCAGCUUCCUGGAUCUCCCGGGCGACAUUGAGAAGGUUACUAUCCCCAUCUCUAUUGCUGUCGGCGACAAGGACAACCAGAUCAAGGCGCCUCACUUGCCUAAGAUCAAGGAGCUCCUCGAAGGGAAGCCCGAGGGCGCCAAGGGCGAUAUCCGCGUUUAUGAGGAUGCUACUCACGGGUUCGCGCUCCGUGCCGCUUUGGACAUGGAGGACCUCGCCAAAAAGGCCGCUGAGGCUGAGGACCAGUGCAUUUCGUGGUUCAACGCCCGCUUCAACCUCGGUUCAUGA